AUGUCAACUAAUACAUUAAAUGAAAAUUUUCAAAACUUUCUUAAAACUAUUUAUGAUUGGCCAGAAUCAACAAUAGAAAAAAAUAUUCUUAUUCAAAUGCUUGAAAAAUUAUGUCAUCAAAAUCCUGAAUUAGAACAUAUUUAUCAGGAACCAUCAAUACCACAAAUAGAUCAUCAAUUUUUAAAUCAUGAUGAUGAUGACAGUUAUGUAGUAGAACAAACAGAAGUUCAUAUUAAACCACCAAUUGUUCAAAAUGUUAUUAAACCUCUGCAUUAUGUUAAUUGUCAAUCAAUAAUAAAUGAAGAUUCAAUUGUUAAAAAAGUAACAAAUCCAUCAUCAAAUAAUACAUUAGUUAAGGAAGGAAAUUUAACUGUAAGAAAAGGUUCAACAAUUUUAUCACCUUUAUUAAAAAAAAAUGGAUCAAAAACAAUUGUUUAUUGUGAAUUAUCAUAUACAUAUUGUAAUAAUGAAAAAAUUGUUUAUCUUGUUUUAUAUGAAAAUCGAAAAAGUCGAAAAACACUACAUAAAUUUAUAAUAGAUCUUAACUGUUCAUUUAUUUAUGAAAACAAAAGAGAUUUUCAAUUUAAACAUGACUCAGGAACUGAAAAAUUUACAACUGAAACAGGUAUUGCAGAUACAUGGAUUUCAUCUUUAAAUAACGUUUUACCUCAAAAAAAUGUCAAUGAAAUUUAUGAAAAUCCUGACGAACUCACUGAUACAUCGAAACCAUCUUGUUUUGAACAGAUACUUGACGUUCCUAAACGACCACCACCUCGACCAAUAAGUUCUAUUUUACCUGAAAAUAUCUAUGUUUGUCUCUAUGAUCAUUAUUCAACAACUAAUGAGUCUUAUGAACUUGAAUUUAAUUGUGGUGAUCUUUUAUAUAUAAUCAAUAGAGAUGGACCAAAUUUUUAUAUUGGUCAUCAAUUAAAAUUUCCUUUGAAUAAUCAUGAACAAACACGACUAGGUCUUGUUUAUAAAAAUUACAUUAGUCCAGCAUAUGAAAAAGUUUAA